AUGACUUAUCAUUUUUGUGGACUGAAGGAGGUUGACUGGGGUUUAGAGACUUUAGAUAUUUCACUUAUCCGUUGGGCAACACAAACACAAACACAACCACAAACGCUGCCUUUUUCCAGUUGCGAUCUGAAUUACUGCAGGGUUGUAACGGUGGAUACCGCCAUGACAACCCACGAAGCCUCCUCUUCAUCCUCCUCCAAGCCAAAACUUUGGAAUUACGAAGUGUUUUUGAGCUUCAGCGGUGCAGACACACGCAAUGGCUUCACGGGCCACCUCCACGCGGCUUUAAAAGACAGGGGAUAUCAGGCUUAUUUCGAUGAGGACGAUAUAGAAAGAGGGGAAGAAAUCAAAGACCAACUGUUCCGGGCGAUCGAAGAGUCGAGGAUCUGUAUCGUUGUCUUCUCAAAGAGGUAUGCGGAUUCGAGUUGGUGUCUUGAGGAGCUGGUGAAGAUCAUGGAGUGCAGAUCCAAACUGGAGCGACAUGUUUUGCCAAUAUUCUAUCAUGUUGAUCCUUCACAUGUCAGGAAGCAGGACGGAGAUUUAGCCGAAGCAUUUCUGAAGCACGAAGAGGGCAUCAGUGAAGAAAAGGAUGACAAGAAACGUGAAGCUAAACAAGAAAGAGUAAAACAGUGGAGAGAGGCUCUUACAGAAGCUGCAAAUUUGUCUGGCCACCAUCUUCAAAUCACUGACAAUAGGCGCGAAGCAAAGCUUAUUAGAGGAAUUGUUGACAAGAUUAUUACUAAAUGGCUUCCAAGCACAAACAAAUUAUAUGUGGCCAAGCACCAAGUUGGAAUCAAUUCUCGCAUUCAAAAUAUUAUCGCUUUUCUUUCAAGUGGUGGACCAAAUAAUGUUAUCAUGGUUGGAAUUUGGGGGAUGGGUGAAUUGGGUAAAACAACAGUUGCCAAAGCCAUUUAUAACCAAAUUCAUUGUAAGUUUGAAUUCAAAAGUUUCCUUGCCGACGUUAGCGACACUACAAGUAAACAUGGUCUAGUUUAUUUGCAAGAAACACUAGUUUCUAACAUCUUGAAAAAGAAGUAUAAAAUAAGCAGUGUUGAUGAAGGUAUCAGUCUGAUAGAACAACACUUUCAACGUAGAAGGGUACUUGUCAUCGUGGACAAUAUAGAUGAAGUGGAACAACUCAAUGCAAUAGCUGGAAAUCGUGAUUGGUAUGGUCCAGGAAGUAGAAUUAUCAUAACAACAAGAGAUGAACAUUUACUAAAGCAAGUGGAAGUGGACAAGAUAUAUCCGCUUCAGAAAAUGAAUGAAGAAGAAGCUCUGGAGCUCUUUAGUUGGCAUGCAUUUAGAAAUAGUUGGCCUAACGAAGGAUAUCUUGAACUCGCAAAAAAGGUUGUUUCUUACUGCGGAGGCUUGCCACUAGCACUUGAAGUUUUAGGCUCUUUUUUGAUUAAAAGAACCAUAUCAGAGUGGGGAAGUCAAUUGGAGAAAUUGGAAAAAAUUCCUGAUGGAAAAAUAAUAAAACCACUAAGAAUAAGUUUCGAAGGGCUAGAUGAUACACAAAAGGCUAUAUUCCUUGACAUAUCUUGUUUCUUUAUUGGAUGGAAUAAGGACUAUGUCAUAAAAGUAUUAGAUGGAUGUGAAUUUUCUGCAACAAUAGGAAUCAGUGUUCUUCGUGAACGAUGCCUUGUAACUGUUGAACGCAACGAGUUGAAUAUGCAUGAUUUGCUUCGAGAAAUGGCCAGAGUAAUCAUUUCUGAAAAAUCCCCUGAUCACCCUGGAAAAUGGAGUAGGUUGUGGAACCCUCAAGUCGUCACCAAUGUAUUAACAAAUAAAACUGGAACUGAAGGAGUCGAAGGACUUGCUCUACCAAGGACCAGUUGUUUCACUACAAUAGCAUUUACCAAUAUGAAGAAACUGAGAUUGCUUCAGCUCAACUUCGUAGAGCUCAAUGGAGAAUACAAACAUCUUCCCAACGAGUUAAUAUGGUUGUGCUGGCAUGGAUUCCCUUUAAAGUCCAUACCAGAUGACUUUAUUAAUCAACCAAGACUAGUUGUUUUAGACAUGCAGUUUAGCCAACUGCUACAAGUUUGGGAGGGUUCCAAGUCGUUGCUGAAGUUGAAAAUCAUUAAUCUCAGUUAUUCCCGUUUGCUAAUUAAAUCACCGGAGUUUUCACAACUCCCAAAUCUUGAAGAGCUGAUAUUGGAAUGCUGUUUUAGUUUGUCCGAGAUUCACCCCUCCAUUAGUCAUCUUGAAAGACUGUCUUUGGUGAACCUUACGAGAUGUUACAAGCUUCGUUCUCUUCCAAGGGAUUUCUAUAAGUCGAAAUCUGUUGAGACUCUUCUUCUUAAUGGAUGUUUCAUAGAACUACAUGAGGAUUUAGGGGAGAUGGUAUCGUUGAGAGUACUUGAAGCAGAGAGUACAGCCAUAAGGCACGUACCACCUUCCAUGGUGAGACUGAAAAAUUUCACUCGUUUAUCCCUAGAAUGUGUGCAAUUGUUGGGGUUGCCUAUUCCUGAGGAUCUUGGGAGUCUAAUUUCCUUACAAGAUUUGAAUCUUCGAAGGAAUGAUUUUCGUAGCCUACCCAGCCUCACUGGUCUUUCAAAGCUCGAAACUCUACGGCUAAGUGGAUGCAGAAAGCUUCAAACGAUCCCUGAUUUACCAACAAAUUUGAAAUUUCUGUAUGCAUUUGAUUGCCCUGCAUUGAGAAUUGUGCCAAAGUUAUCAGAAAGGGCAAAUGGGAGACAGCUGAAUGUAAGUGAUUCAACCAAACUCACUAAAGUUGUAGGUUCCGGUAAGUCAUUAAACACCAUGACAUGGAUUGAUAUGAAAAGGUGCACCAAUCUCACAGCUGAGUUUAGGAAGAACAUCCUACAGGGAUGGACUUCUUGUGGAUUUGGUGGCAUUUUCCUCCGUGGAAAUUAUGUUCCUGAUUGGUUUGAGUUUGUCAACGAGGGCAAUAAAGUCAGUUUUGUUAUUCCCCCAAGUGAUGAGCGUAAUCUUGAAGGGCUGACUCUAUUCUGCAAUUUUGAAAGGUUGACUCUGUUUUGCUUUUAUUGCUCAGGCAAUAGAUUCAAUCGUCCUCUUCCUCUUGCCAGUAUCACUGUAAUAAAUAAUACCAAAUGUACAGAGUUGGGGGAUUGCAUAGUCAGAGAAGAUUGGGAGGGGCUAAUAGAUAACAAACCAGCCCAUUAUAUUUGGCAGGGACAAUUAUCGAACCAUAAGCUCAAUUUGCAAGGCAAGGAUAUAGUUGAAGUUGAUAUAAUUUUUGCGGAAUCUGAUUUUCCUCAGACAGUGAAGAGAACAGGGGUUAAUCCAGUAUGGGACAAACCUAUGGGUUAAUCCAGCUCGGUUCUAUGAUCAUGAUCCUCUCGGCCUUGCACAUUUACGUCCUUCUUUGUCUGUUGAGCUUAUGAACAAGAGAUGUUACCCUAUGGCUUCUUGUCAAUGCACGUCCUUUUUAAAAGCGCUAACAAGCAAGAAAACAGAUAUUGUAACACCCAACGUUUUCUUAUAAUGGACAUUCUCAUUUUACUAGCGUAA